GUUUAGUUCAAAAAGAUAUGAAAAUUUUAAAUUAAGUAUUUCAUUUCAAUAUCUAAAUCAGACAAAAAGUAAAAGUUUAUACAGCAGUGCAUUGUACAUGAAUUAAAAAUUAUUUAUUUCAACAACAUUUAGUAUGUCUAGACUCGAAAUAUUAAAGUUGUAUAAAACAAUGCUAAAAGAAUCAAGAAAAAUUCCAGCUUAUAAUUUUAGGGAAUAUGCUUUAAGAAGAGUAAGAGAUGCUUUUAAAGAAAAUAAAUCAAUAUCAAAUAACCAAAUAGGAGUACUAAUUGAAAAGGCAGAAAAAAAUUUAGAAACAAUAAGGAGACAGGCAAUUAUAGGACAGCUUUAUGCAGUUGAUAAAUUGGUAAUAGAACAUGAGUUGCAGAAAUAGAUUUUAAUAAUAGUUGUAGUUUAGGUAGUAUAAUGUGAAAUGUUAAAUUUUAACGUUUAUGAUAUUAAUAGAUUUUUAAAUAUCAAAGAGACAUGUUUACUGUCACCA